AGAGCAACACUGAAGCCGCUGCACUGAUAAGUCUUGCAGACGAUCAGAGUACAAGUGCUCCCAGCUUUACAACUGUUAGCAGAAGAUUGAGAGAUAUCAGUGGACCUGCCAUCAGAUUUUCUAAAAAUGAUUUUGUGCUUUGUCCUUGGUAUCCUGUCCUUCGUGUUCGCAGGAGGCUUUCUUCUAAACAACGACCCUUGCUCCAAGUGUGGGGAGCCCAUUGAUGUGACUCUGGAGGCUAUAAACGAGUUUAGGGAUCCUCACUUCACCAUCUCGGUCAAACUUGAAGCCACUUACCAAAGGGAGCUUAUUCUCCUCCUUCAGGAGGCAGCAGAAAACGAUGGACAUUUUAACUUUACUGUCAGCUAUCAUAAAUCUCUGGGCUUCAUGGUACAAGCCAUCAACAACACGAAGACAAACUUUGCAGAGGACGGGGCAUUCUGGCAAAUCUUCGAAUACAACCCGUCCGUAUCUGUUGGUUCUCGGCAUAUUUGCUAUGGGGUAAGCACCCACCGCCCUAACAAUGGUGACAUCAUCACCUUUCUGUUCUCCAACACAACCGUCUCCCUGGCUCACUGCCCAGACGUGGUUCCCACCCAGUGACCACAGCAACACCGACCUCAAGUUUAAUUGUUUCUUCGGGUCUUUGUUUUGCCAGCUUCAGUCCUUGACAACAAAGGAACAGAACCAGCGCGUCUACGUGGUGCAGAUAUUUAUUAAUAAAGGAAAAAUAAAGAUUCGUUUCAGACAAGGACUGAAAGAAUACACACGA